GUCAGGCCAGGUCAAGAUGGCCGCCGCACAAGCUUGUUAAUAGGUGGACCUCCAGUAUGUUUGUGCUGGAACAUUCCGCCAGUUAAUGAUUGACUGGAUGAACACUGAGAAGGAGGAGCUUCGUGGAAUGACACACAAGUGGGAUCAUCCUGUUGGAUUAAGAUAAACUGGCAACAUGGACAACUUCUUCACGGAGGGCGAGCGUGUGUGGCUUCAUGAGGACGAGCAGUAUCUUCCAAGCAUCGUGUCCUCCUGCUCAGGCGGUGUGGUCGUCUUCGCCACGGACUACGGCCAGGUGUACACGUACAAGCAGAAUGCACUGACAAGGCAGAAGGUCCAGCCCAUGCAUGGCAGCAAUGUCACGGGCGUGGAGGACAUGGCGGCGCUGGAGGACCUGCACGAUGGCGCCAUCAUGCACAACCUCUUUCUGCGCUAUCAACAGAGACACAUCUACACGUACAUCGGCUCCAUCCUGGCGGCAGUCAAUCCCUACCAGCCACUGCCUGGCCUGUACGAGCGGGCCGCCGUGGAGUUGUACAGCUGCCACCACCUGGGCGAGAUCCCGCCACACAUCUUCGCCGUGGCUAACGAGUGCUACCGCUCUCUGUGGAGGAGGCCGCACAACCAGUGUGUGCUCAUCAGCGGCGAAAGUGGAGCUGGGAAGACAGAAAGCACCAAACUCAUCCUGAAGUUCCUGUCGGCAAUGAGCCAGCAUUCUUUGGAAGUGUCCUCCAAAGAGAGGACGUCGCAUGUGGAGGAGGCAUUGCUGGAGAGCGGUCCCAUCAUGGAGGCCUUUGGGAAUGCCAAGACGGUCUACAACAACAACUCAAGCCGCUUUGGGAAAUUCGUCCAGCUGCAUUUUAACCAAAAAGGAAACAUCCAAGGAGGCAAAAUUGUGGACUACCUCUUAGAAAAGAACCGCGUUGUCCGUCAGAACCAGGGCGAGAGGAACUAUCAUAUCUUCUACGCUCUCCUCGCAGGAACCAGCGACCAGCAGAGAGAGGCCUUGGGUCUGAACCAACCUGAUGGUUACCACUAUUUGACCCAGUCCAGCUGCCCCGCUGACAAGACAAUCAAUGACAAAGGCACUUUUCAAGAUGUUCUGAAUGCCAUGAGAACCAUGCAGUUCACAGAAGAGAACAUCGGCGAGAUCCUGCGCCUUCUGGCGGGAAUCCUCCACGCCGGGAACAUCGAGUUCAUGACGGCAGGAGGGGCACAGAUCAUGUCCAAGUCUGCUCUCAGUCGGACAUCGGAGCUCCUGGGGCUGAACUCAGAUCAGCUGGCUGAAGUUCUCACCCACAGGUCCAUGAUCCUCAGGGGGGAGGAGAUCUCCACUCCUCUGACUGUAGAGCAGGCUGUGGACUCCAGAGACUCCAUGGCCAUGGCACUUUAUUCCCAAUGUUUCAACUGGAUCAUCCGCAAGCUCAACAGUCGCAUUCGAGGCAAAGACGACUUCAAGUCCAUCAGCAUCCUCGACAUCUUUGGCUUUGAGAACUUUGAGGUGAACCACUUUGAACAGUUCAACAUCAACUAUGCAAAUGAGAAGCUUCAGGAAUAUUUCAACAAGCACAUUUUUUCCCUGGAGCAACUGGAGUACAACAAGGAAGGUCUAGUCUGGUCCAACAUUGACUGGAUGGACAAUGGAGAGUGCUUGGACUUAAUAGAGAAGAAACUGGGCCUCCUGGCGUUGAUGAAUGAGGAGAGUCACUUCCCUAAAGCCACAGACGACACGCUGCUGGAGAAACUGCACAGCCAGCACUCGAAAAAUCCUUUCUACGUGAAGCCUCGUGUUGCUGUUCACUGCUUUGGAGUCAAGCACUACGCGGGAGAGGUGGUGUACGACGUGAGGGGGACACUGGAGAAGAACAGGGACACUUUCAGGGACGACGUCCUCAACCUGCUGCGGGAGAGCAGGUUGGACUUUGUCUACGACCUUUUUGAGCACGUGCUGAGUCGCAACAAGCAGGACACUCUGAAGAGCAGCUGCAAGCACAGACGACCCACCGUUAGCUCCCACUUCAAAGACUCAUUGCACGCCCUGAUGGCCACGCUCAGCACCUCCAAUCCUUUCUUCAUCCGAUGCAUCAAACCUAACACACACAAGAUGCCUGACCAGUUUGACCAGGCGGUGGUUCUGAACCAGCUCAGGUAUUCCGGCAUGCUGGAGACGGUCAAGAUUCGACGCAGCGGCUUUCCCAUCCGAAGGCUUUUCCAAGAGUUCUGCUGCAGAUACAAGGUCCUGAUGCGAAACACACUUGUGCCAGAUGAUGCCAGGGAGUGCUGCGUCCAGCUGCUGCAGCACUACGACAGUACCGGCAUCGAGUGGCAGCUUGGAAAGACCAAGGUGUUCCUCAGAGAGUCUUUGGAGCAUCAUCUGGAGAAGCAGCGUGAGAUGGAGGUGCUGAGGGCCGCCAUGGUCAUCCAGGCUCACGUUUUGGGCUACAUGGCCAGGAAGCAAUACAGGAGGCUGCUUCUGUGUAUUCUGGUCAUCCAGAAAAACUAUCGCGCUUUUUACUGGAGGAGGAAAUUCCUGCUGCUCCGCCGGGCGGCACUCACCAUCCAGAAGGUUCUACGUGGACAGCUGGCCCGCCGCGCCUUCAGCCAGUUGCUGGCUGAGAGGAAGAGGAGGGAAGAAGAGGAGCGAUGCAGGAGGCUGGCAGAGGACAUGGACAGGGAGAGGCGUAGACAAGAGGAGGAGCAACUGGCUGAGGAGGCGUCCAGGAGGUGUGAACAGCAGCAGCAGGAUGAGGAGCUGACAUCUCAGACGUUCGCAGCUGUUACCUCCUCAUCAGACUCCUUGGAGGAGGAGACAGCGAACUCCUUGAAGGAACAAGAGGAAACCUUGGAGGAGGAAGAGGCCAAGCGUCCUCAAGAGGCGUCUCAGGUGGAGGAGAUCCUUCGCCUGGAGCGUGAGAUCCAGUCCCUGCAGAUGCAGAAGGAGCGCCAGGAGCUCUCCUUGACGGAGGCCUCCUUGCAGCGCCUCCAGCACCUGCGCGACCAGGAACUGCAGCGUCUGGAGGAGGAGGCGUGCAAGGCGGCGCAGCAUUUCUUGCAGUCGCUCAACUUCGACGAGAUCGACGAGUGCGUGAGGAACAUCGAGAGCUCGCUGGCCGUGGAAGGGCGAGUGAAGGAGGAAGAGGAAGUGGACGAAGGCUUUGGCGCCGACGAGGAGGCCUUCAAGGACUCUCCCAACCCAAGCGAGCACGGCCACUCUGACGGCCAGCGCACCAGCGGCAUCCGCACCAGCGACGACUCCUCCGAAGAGGACCCGUAUGCCAACGACGGCGUGAUCCCGCCUCUGCCGCCGACCACAGUGCUCCUCCAUUCUCAGCCUCUAAUGCCGCCGCCCGCCACCUGCCUCCUCACCUCCUCCGUCAAGGAGGAGCCUCUUUCCGACCGCCCUGUAGAGCUCAUCCCUCCUGACGAGGACUCCGACUACGACCAGGACGACUACGACGAGGGCGCCAUCGUGUCCAGCGGGAGCGUGGCGUUCUCCAACCCCCGCAGCGAGCAAUGGUCUCCCGACUACCGCGGCUCCUUGGGGACCUACAGCAGCUCGGGCGUGUACCGCUUCGGAUCAGAGGGGGCGCAGUCCUCGUUUGAGGACAGCGAGGAGGACUUUGACAGGUUUGACACGGAUGACGAGCUGUCCUACCGCAGAGAUUCCGUCUACAGCUGCGUCACGCUUCCGUACUUCCACAGCUUCCUGCACGUCAAAGGCGGCCUGAUGAACACUUGGAAGCGGCGUUGGUGCGUGCUCAAGGACGAGACCUUCCUCUGGUUCCGCGCCAAACAGGAAGCGCUGAAGCAAGGCUGGCUGCACAAGAAAGGAGGCGGAUCGUCCACGCUGUCACGGCGCAACUGGAAGCGCCGCUGGUUCGUUCUGCGCCAGAGCAAGUUCAUGUACUUUGAGAACGACGGCGAGGACAAACUGAAAGGAGUGCUGGACAUGCACGCCGCCACGGAAGUCAUCGAUAACACGCACAAGGAGAACGGGAUCAACAUCGUGAUGCCUGAGAGGACGUACCACCUGGUGGCAGAGUCUGCUGAGGACGCCAGCCAGUGGUUCAGCGUGCUGAGUCAGGUCCACAGCUCCACAGAGCAGGAGAUCGGAGAGAUGCACGACGAGCAGGCCAACCCCCAAAACGCCGUGGGCACACUGGACGUGGGCAUGAUCGAUUCCGUGUGCGCGUCAGACAGUCCGGAGAGGCCCAACUCCUUCGUCAUCAUCACUGCUAAUCGGGUGUUGCACUGCAACGCCGACACGCCCGAGGAGAUGCACCACUGGAUCACGCUGCUGCAGCGCUCCAAGGGGGACGCCCGGGUGGAUGGGCAGGAGUUCAUCAUACGAGGUUGGCUCCACAAGGAGAUGAAGAACAGCACAAAGUCGUCUCUGAAGCUGAAGAAGCGCUGGUUCCUCCUUACCCACAAUUCCCUGGACUACUACAAAAGCUCGGAGCGCAACGCUCUGAAGCUGGGAACUGUGGUGCUCAACAGCUUGUGCUCGGUGGCACCGCCUGAUGAAACUGUCUUCAAAGAGAGCGGAUACUGGAACGUUAUCGUGUACGGCCGCAAGCACUCGUACCGCCUCUACUGUAAGCUCCUGAACGAGGCCACGCGAUGGGCCAGCGCCAUCCAGAACGUUAUUGACGCCAAAGCUCCCAUCGACACGCCGACACAGCAGCUCAUCCAGGACAUCAAGGAGAACUGUCUGAACAGUGAAGUGGUGGAGCAGAUCUACAAGAGGAACCCCAUCCUUCGCUACAGCCACCACCCUCUGCACUCCCCCCUGCUGCCCCUCCCCUACGGAGACAUCCACCCCACAGCCCAGAGGAGCAGGACCUACAGCACGCUGCAAGAAGAAGCCCUCAAGGUGUUUGGCUCUCUGCAGCACCUGGAGGGCGUGGCUGACCCCGUGCCCAUCAUCCAGGGGGUCCUGCAGGCGGGCCAGGAGCUCAGACCUCUGAGGGACGAGCUGUACUGCCAGCUGGUCAAGCAGACCACGCUGCCACCUCAUCCUGCCGGUCCUGGUAACCUGAGCCGCUGGAAGAUGUUGGCCUGCAUGUCCUGCACCUUCAUCCCCACCAGGAGCAUCCUCAGAUACCUCAAGUUCCACCUCAAGAGGACUCGGGAGCUCUUCCCAAACUCUGAAAUGGAGCGCUACGCCUGCUUCGCCCUGGACUCCCUGAAGAAGACCCGCUGCAGGGAGAACGUGCCGUCCCAGGAGGAGAUCCGCGCCGUCAUCGCUCGGCAGGACAUGAGCACCACCGUGCACUGUCAUGGCGGAGGAUGCUGCAAGAUCACCAUCAACUCGCACACCACCGCCGGAGAAGUGGUGGAGAAGUUGCUGCGUGGUCUGGCCAUGGAGGACAGCAGGAACAUGUUUGCUCUCUUCGAACACAACCACGUCGCCGAGAAAGCCAUCGAGAACCGCAUGGUGGUGGCGGACGUGCUCGCCAAGUUUGAAAGACUGUCUGCCAGUCAGGAAGAGAUGAACACAGGCUGGAAGUUCUACUUCAAACUCUACUGCUUUGUGGACAUGGACAAGGUUCCUAAAGACAGCGUGGAGUUCGCCUUCAUGUUCGAGCAGGCCCAUGAAGCCGUGAUCCGCGGUCGCUAUCCUGCUCCAGAAGAGACUCUUCAGUUCCUGGCAGCGCUGAGACUUCAGUACCUGCUAGGAGACCACAGCGCCCACAGCGCCCUUCCAGAGAUGGCCCAGGUGUUCCCCAUGGCGCGGCUGCGGGCCCGGGUGCAGAAAUCCGCCAGGACUUUUGCUCCGGGCGGCGGCUCGGCGUCAGAGCGCUCUGGAACGUCGGAGAGGAAAUGCUCCAGCUUCCUGGAGGGAACGCUGAGGCGGAGCUUCCGGAGCAGUUCCAUCAGCCAGCAGAAGCUGGACGAGGAGAACAGCCUGGAAGCUUGGAUGAGGGAGGAGGUGUCGGCGGUACGGACCUGCGUGGUUGACAAGUGGAGGAAGCUGCAGGGCAUGGAGCAGGAGCACGCCAUGGUCAAGUACAUGGCGCUGGUCAAGGAGUGGCCCGGAUACGGAUCCACGCUCUUUAACGUGCAGUGCCGCGAUGGAGCGUUCCCGUCUGAGCUGUGGCUCGGCGUCAGUCGAGACGCCAUUUCUGUGUACAAGCGAGGCGAGCCGUGGCCUCUGGAAGUCUUUCCUUACGAGCAGAUCCUCGCCUUCGGAGCUCCUCUGGCCAACGCCUACAAGAUCACCGUAGAAGGACGAGAACUGCACUUUGAAACACACAUGGUGAUGGACAUCGCCAAGCUGAUGAAGGCGUACGUCAGCAUGAUGGUGAAGAAGCGUUACAGCAACUGUCAAUCAAUCAGCAGUCACGGCAGUCAAUCCAGCCCCUGGUAACGCCAAGCAACAUGUAUGUUCCAGAAGGUUCACACCUGAUACCUCACUACACAGUUCUAGCUGGCUCUGGUACUUGGUGCUCUAAGAUGCAGUAACCCUACACCCCAGAAGGGGGCAGCAGUCAGUCAUUGUGGUUCAGUGAAGAGUUCAGUCGUGAAGAAGAAAUGAAUGUAAAUAGAUAAAGUUGUAUUUUUGAGGUGAAUAUUUGUAAUUUUAAAACACGAUUCUUUCUUGUCAGCACCAAAACAAGUUUGUUUGAAUGUAAAAUGAAAGUUUGACGUGUUAAUUGGCCGACUGACCAGGUGAAAGUGGCCGCACAAGUGCCUGCUCAAAAACACACAAUAGUCCAUUUCCUCUGGCUCUUGUGUGUCCUAUCCCAACUGGACAUAAAGUUUGGGCCCUCACAGAACUUGGUCCACUAAACAUGAAUUCAUCUUUUGACGUCAGAUUACGAGAUGUCAGUGGAGCUCCGCAGGCGGUAGGUCCAUUCAAAGACGCGUUCAGAUUUCUCCCACAGUGCCUUGCUGUAUAUUUCUUACUCUUUCUGUGCAAUGUUUAUACUUAAAUAUAUAUAUAUAUAGUCCAGCAUCACUUGGCUGUACAUUUCAUGUUGUUUAUGCUUUGGGAUGAUGGCCACAUGGCUCUUUUGUUUGAUGUUGGGGGACCACUGUGACAAUAAACAACUUCAAGCCAAA